AGCGCAUCACAGAUCGCGGUUAGUUUUAGCUUUGAAGAAGUUCUCAUAUCUUGCGGCAACGGUUGAAAAACUUAACUACAUCUUGAAAAUUUCUUCAUGGACACCAGAGUAAAGUUAGUUUGUUUCUUGAUACCUGUGGGACUGCAAAUAUCAAAACUGUACGGUAAGUGAUUAUUUUUUAAUAUAUACUAGGUUCGGGAACCCGGUGUUGCCCGGUCAUUACUCAAAGGCUUUGUAUUACAACAGUAUACAAUUUAAUUUCAACCACUGCGUGCGAUUUUUGUCUCUUCGGUUGUCUUAUUGAUUGACAUCCCAGAACAGUGGGCGGCGAAUUCAUUAGUCAAAAGGGCCAAAAAUCAGCAGUAGGGAAAUAUAAAAAAAAAUUGAGAGCCACAUUUCAUUUCAAAAACCUGUAAAGAAGCAUGUUUUUUUCGGAGUCGAAACCGAUUUGCGGCUGACUGGCCGAGCCGCACACAGGUCGUUAAGGAGCCGCAUUCGGCUCUCGAGCCCACGCUUCGCUGACCACUGGCCUAGAAGUACACAAAAUGAAUCUUCAGCAGUCCUGACACUUCGCUGUUGUCUCCAAACGACUUAUCCCAUAUAGAGGCAGACAAGAGAAGACGUGAUUCACUUCACACAAACAAAAAAAAAACACCCACGAAAAUAUUACGUCAUACGUAAUCUAACUGGCUAGUGAGGUUAAUUAAGAUAUUGUGUUCACUAAUAUCUUCUGCAUAACACUCUGGGAAGAAUAUAUGGACCAACAUGAAGUCCCCUUGCUUUAGGUAUACAGAUAAGAUCCAUCGUUGUUUAGAUACUACUUUAUCAGCACUGUAACAUAUAACAUGAUUUGUACCCCCGUUUUUUAUGAUAUGGAUAUUAAAAAAAUGGUUACAGGAAAUUUGAUCGAAAGAAACUCGUCGACGGUAAAUUGAUCGACGGUAAUUUGAUCGAACGGAAAUUUGAUCGAAUCGUUUUUUCAACUCACACGUUGAAAUUGUCGUCAAAUUUCUUUUUGAACGCCCUAUACAAUAAAGUAAAACAAAAAAAAAUGUGUUCAAAAAGAAAUUUAAAGCAAAAUUUUAACAUAAAACCUGAAAAAACGAUUCGAUCGAAUUUCCGUUCGAUCAAAUUAUCGUCGAUCAAUUUACCGUCGACGAAAUUUCUUUCGAUCAAAUUUCCGGAUACGAAAAAAAAAAUAUUCCGAUAAUGUAAUCCCAUUCAAAUUCUAAACGUUAAUUUAUCAAUCAUCUUUUUUUGACCCAUUGUUCAAUUGAACGCUAUUUUUUUCUAAUGCUUAACUCACAGCUUCAGCUUAUCCAAGUGUUUGCUCUUUGCCAAGAAACAUUGGUAAAUGCAGUGACCAUUCAUGGAAGUAUUACUACGCACCUCAGAUAGGAAAGUGUUUUAGAUUUGCGUAUAAAGGCUGCGGGCCAACAAUUGCCAAUAGAUUCGACACAUUGCGAGAGUGCCUUCUUGCUUGCAAGUUUUCUGUAAAGCUCAGUAAGUCUUGCUAAAGUAUUCCUUCAAAAUUUUCCGAACCCUCCCCCCCCCCACUAAAAUCUAAAAGACAUGUAAGUUUAACAUACUGAAUUACUGAAUGUUCAAAAAUUGAACGAUAGACGGUGCUCUCCUGCAUCAAAUUCUAUAGUCACCAAUUCAAUUGUUUGAAAUGAAAAUCCAUUUGCCAUGACCUUGUCUAAAAUCAUUAACUUUUUAAGAAGAGGAAAAACAAAGUUAAAUUCAAUUUUUUUUAAGGUUUUCGUUGAAGUAAAAUGAAAUAGAUUUUUGAGGAAAUACUAGUUAAUUAAACUCCGUUUAGUAAAAACGUUAAUGAUAGAAAAAAUCGAAAAGAAUAAUUCUAUUCGCCCUUUAGGACAGUUCAUCUGGCCGAAGGAGAGGAGCUUCUUUUGCCCCUGUUAAGGCAGAAAACAUAUAAUCCUCCAUCUUGAAUAGUACAAGUACAAGCAGACGUUACCCUGGACGUGGUAACGUUGACUUCAUUAGGGGACAGGAGCGUCAAUCACUUCUUUUUUUUCUCUUUGUUAUUGGUUAGCUGCAUGCGUCUUACCAGUCGAGAGUGCGUUAAAUGAAAGCAUAAUUUGUCUUGGAGAGUAUAUUUAUGUGUGGAAAUGACGUUUAACACCUAAUAUUGCGUUAAAGAUUGCAUCCCGAGUCUAAAAAACCGAUUCAAAGAACAAAAAAUUGAUUAAACCUUAUGGUUACUGAGCAUUGAGCUCACUGACACUUGACAACUGAAAAUUUAAUGACACAUGUAAUCACUUCACAAAUUCAAAUUUCCUGGACUUGAAUCAAAGAAGAAACUUACUCUUCAAUCAUAUAGUUGAUUCUAGCAUUUUAAUUUCAAUCCAUCUAUAUUAACCAAAUGAUUUUAAAUUGUUUAUUAUAUCUAGAUAUCGGCAAUUCAGCUCAAAAUUUCAAACCCAUCUACCAUGCAGACAAAAGCAAACUGUUAAAGAAAGGUUGCCUUAGUUUUCACAUUGAAUCAAAAUGAUCUUUCCAUCGAUCAUAGAAGAGACAUAUAAAUAUAUAUAUAUAUAUAUAUAUAUACAUAAGAUUUUAACAUUUGUCAUAAGGCUUUUCUCAUAAUAGUACGAAGAGGGUUUUGUCUUCUUCAAAAUUUAUUGUUUUAAAAAAAAAAAAAAUGUCAAAUUUAGUUGGCUAAUUCCCAUUCCUACCAAAAACUUUUCGCAUCUGGUCGUGUCUUAACGCAUUUUUUUUCAAUGCGCAGAGAACCUGGUUCCCCUCUGCUACCAGAGUGAGCCCUUGAGUGCCGUGGGCGGAGACAUCGUCAUCAAGUACUUCUACUCACAUGAGCACAAAACGUGUUUCUGGUUUCUGUUCCCCGGCAGCGGAGAAAAAGCCGGCAACUGUUUCGAUUCGUUUGAAGACUGCAUGGCUUUUUGCCACCUCAAGGACGAGUGAAGUGCUGCCGUGAUGCUGAUCUCGUCCGAAAACAGAUUAUCUGUGAAGCCCCCCUACAGCGAUGAACGCGCCACAACCAACAGACUGUACGACAAUUGUAUGGUUCCUCUGACGCCCCAAAGCAGCGAGUGCGGACAUUUCAGUUAAAGUUCGUUUUUUUUUUUGGAAUGAAAACAGUCAACGCCUAAAACUUAACAAAGAUUAUAAAUAAAAUUCAAUGC